AUGAAAUUAUGGACGUGUGAGGCGGAGGAUAAUCUCCAGUAUUGCAUGACUGUUCAUUCAUGUACUGCCGAUGAUGGUCAAGGCAUUGGUCAACAGCUCAUUGACGAAAGAGGGUGUUCGCUUGACAAUUUUCUUCUAAAGAAUCUCGAAUAUGGCGAUGAUCUUGUGGCUGGCCAACAAGCCUAUGUAUUCAAAUUCGCCGACAAGCCUACAAUAUUCUUCUCCUGUAUGAUACGACUCGAACUAAAAGAAAAUGAUACUAGCAUAUGCCCGAAGCAUUCAAAUUCCUUAGCAUUUAUCUGCUUGUUCACCAACUUCACAUCGAUCGCUACCCGUCAGAAUACCAACUCAGCUGGAUCUUGCCGAGACAAACGAUUUUCCAAAGCCGGAAUCAGUACUGUAUGA